CUCCCUUUAGCCUAUUCGCCAUUUCAAUCAUGACUCAGGGAUUCUGGUUCAUAGGAUCGGUUUGGAUACCGGAACAGCCGCCGGCAAUGGGCGACGGGAGUAGCAAAACGGUCCACGUGUUUGAAACUUGGGCGGCAGUAGUCUGUGCUCUGCUCUGUGCUGUCACCCUGGUAUCCAGCUACAAGACAAUAAGGCGGUUCCGGGUUUACUUUGAGGACGAUGCACCAGCAAACAGCUCACCAUCACUAUUCUUGCUCCCCUGGCUCUCGUGCAGCGACAUUGUGGCUACUGUAGCCAACAUGAUGCUUCUGGGCUUUGACCAUGUCGGCAGCGCGUCCAGUAUACGUCUUCGCAUGGCACGCCGCGUGCUACUGACGACGCAGCUAUCGUACAUGUUUACCUACGUUUUGCUAUCGAUCCAUGUGCUAUCGCGAGUCGGAGCUGUCAAUCCUAGAUUCGAGCGGAAAUACUACGAGUACUACGGACCGGCCGCAGGUCUUUUGGCCUUUUUUGUGACGCACGAGAUUAUUGCGACGCUGCCAGGCUUCUACACAUUUUACAGAUGGCUCAUGCCACUGGCGACAAUGGCCUGCAUCUGUACGGCAGCAGUGGUGGCGCGUUCCCCCAAGCCGGUCGUGCCUGCCGAAGCACCACCUGCUGAUACGCGCAGGCUAGAUGAGAGUGAUGUCGAUGAACUGGCUCUAGGUGACUGCGCAGAUUAUGCAGACUAUGCCAAGUAUGCGGCUGCUCUAUUUGCAGCCUUCCAUGCUCCAUGGAUGCUUGUCUCUGGGGGCUCUUGCUUGGUGUACGUGCCAUGCAUGAUCCUUUGCGCACGAGGGCUCCUACCCCUUGGCCUGAUCACCAAAUGCCCUGUCAUUAUCAAUGAACACUCCCAGGAGCAAGAGCAUGAGCACCAAGAAUAGACAAAAUAUGGUGUCCAUACCUUUUUCUUAAAAGGGGAGCUAAUCCAAUUGAAAUACACAUGUUGCUGAGCUGCUGUGUCUUUUUUCCUUUCAUGCACACUAGAUGCAAAGGAGGCUGUGAAGCAGAAAAGCGGCCGCCUGUUCUUUCAGCGCGACGGACCACAGGCUGGGAAGCGGGCCCUCAGCCUUUUCCCUACCUCUGACGAAAUUAAGAGCCUUGAUCAAACCCAGCCCGGCGGUGUCGUAAAAGUAUUGAUUGUCUGAACGCCAAUCUAUAAAAC